AUGAAUGGUAACAGUACAGAAUUAAAUAAUAUAACAGCAACAUCACCGGAAUUAAACGAAAAGCUUAUUUCAACAACAACAACACCAUCGGCACUCAAAGAUAAUAUUGAUAUGGCAAUGGAUAUGGAUACAUCAAUUAGCGUUAACUCACCUCCUAUCUCAACACCCAACCAUAACAAUAACAAUAAUGAUGAUAGUUUAAAUAUAACAACACAAAACCAUAUAGAUACUGAAAUGAAAGACCAAGAAACAAAACAACAACAACAACCACAACAACAACAAAAUGGUAUACAUCAUCAUGUUAAUGACCACCCAACAGAAACAAAGGAGACUACAGAAACAACAGAAACAACAGAAACAACCCCAGUGAAAGAAGCUAAUGGAACAAAUAUAGAUACUAAUGUAACAAAUACCAAUAUUGAAUCGAAUAGUUUAACAACUAAAAGAAAAUUAGAAUUACUUGAACAAAUGGGUAUUGAUAUAAACAUAAAUGCAAAUAAUAAUAAAGAUAAGUUGUCAAGUUUUAAAACAACACUGUUUAUUAGGUUAUUCCCAAAUGGAUAUUCAAUUAACAACUUAGGCAAGGAUAAGGUUUUCCCAUACUACGACAAAAACUCCAAAGAAUUUUUAAACUCCAUAUCACAAGGCAAUUUAACACCAAAUAUAAUAGAUUUAUUGGACCAAUUAAAUCAAGAUUUAGUUUAUUAUUAUGAAGGAUGUAUAGUUGUGGAUAUUAAAGACUAUAGAGGAUUUGCCUCCAACGAGAUCAUAUCCAACAAUUUUAAAAAGACCAUUUCCAAUAGCAAUACAAGUUUACAGCAUCCAACUAUAAUACCAAACCUAUUAGACUCAUUUAAAGACUAUAUACAAAAAAGAAUUUUAUUAAAACCAACAAGGGAUGUAAUUAUAUAUGAUAUUAAAAAAACAGUUUUAAAUAAUUUACAGCAAAGCAAUGUAACCAAUAGUAUAUUACUAAAUAAACCACCAAUCAAUAAUAUCAAUGGCAAUUUAACUCCACCCUCAGUAACCGCCCCACCAUCACAACAACAAAUUAUUAUUGAUGAAGAAUAUUUAUUAAAUUUCGAAAAACACCUUUUAGAAGCCACAAAACCAAAAUUAUUUUUAGAGCAUGAUUCAUUUUUAGCAACUUUAGAAGCGAAUCAAAAAAAACAGUUUAAUCAAUCCUAUUCUUUAUUUUGGUCCAAAAGGUUAAAAAUUCCAAAGUAG